UUGGCGUCUCAAUGUAAGGACUGAAGUGAUAUAGUUAUCUUGUUUCAGUUGUUUGCUUUUGCUUAUUGAUAGAGAUAAUUAUUCCCUAUUCAGUAGAGAUGCUGUCCAAUGAGAGAGUGUCCAUGGCGAUUUUAUCCCGUCCACCCAGCAGUAUGAAACGAGCACACACAUAUGUGUUCUAUUCCAUCCACCUAAGUUUAUGAAUCGAUCUUUCUUCAAGAUAUUUAUGGAAUUUCACCGGUUUCUAUGAUUUAGUGUUGUGUUGUCAAUGUCAUCAGGCUCUGGAUGAUUAGCAUUCCACCAACUAUAUUCCAUAUAUAUAUGUGUAUUCUUCAGUUCAACAAGGAUGCUGAUAUGAUGAUUGAGGAAAUGAAGCUUAGAGUUGUCUACACAUUGCCCAGUGGAAGCUCAGACAACAACGGAGUUACAUCUUUGGCAUACAGGAGCUUCAGGAACUUCAGGCAGGGCACUAUGAUUUCUCGCAAUAUCAUCAAUUCAACAAGCAGUUACUCGAAAUUCCAUCGCCCCAAAUGGCAUAGGAUACCUCGGGCGUCCAACUUCUGGCAUAAGUUUUUGUGCAUACAAAAAUUUAGGAACCUAAACCACAAGGGCAAAUGGAAGGCACCUUUGAUCGGUAAUCCAGAGUACAUGGAUGAUUCUUACACCUAUGCUUUUGAUAGGCUGAUGCACAUUGGCGUUGAGCCAAGGUAGGUUAGUGCUUCACAAGGACCAGCUCUAAGCAUGACUUGUGCAGAUAUGGGAAAGAAGCCUAGGUAGGCCUCCUUUCUGAAGAAAAAAUAUAUAUGGGAAAGAAGACUAGAUGAAAAAUCUUGGGAAAGACUUUGGUGAAGAAGAACAAGGUGAUUUUAUCUGUUCAACAAAAUCAAGUUUGUUCCUGCACUUUGAUGUUAUAAAUCACUGUGUAGUAAGCAGGAGUGCCUCU